AUGGAUUCGGUGGCGUUAUGGUUUGAGGAAGAAAAUGAAAAUGUGGAACGUAUUACAAGGAGAAUUUUGAGAGAUAGAUCGGAUAUACUCUCCCUAAAUGACCAAAGCUUUAUACAAAACUUUCGAUUAAAUAAAGAUGCGUUUAUGUAUGUAUUAAACGCUAUUGAACACGACCUCAUCGUUCCAAAGAGAUCCACAGCAAUUCCAACCCCAAUAAAAGUGGCCGCUGCUUUGAAAUUGCUUGGGCAAGGUGGAUAUCAACACCAAAUUGGCCAAGACCAUCUCUUAGGAUUAUCGCAGCAAUCUAUGUCGCGUUGCUUACAAGAAGUUUGCAAGGUGAUUGAGCGAAUACUCUGUCCCAAGCACAUAAAAUUUGAGGUUACUGCUGAAGAGGAAAACGAAAUCAAAAGAGGAUUUUUCCAUACAUGUGGCAUUCCUGGGGUGAUUGGAGCUGUGGAUGGUACCCAUAUACAAAUGAUUCGACCAGCCAGGAACGAGCACUUAUACUUCAACAGAAAUUUAAGCACAAUAUGUGAUCACAAAAUGAUAAUUACAUUUAUUGAUUGCCGAUACGGAGGUGCAAGCCAUGACUCACAUGUUUGGGCCCUUUCUAAUGCAAAGCAAAAAUUAAAAGAACGUUUCGAAAGAGGAGAAAAGGGAUUUUGGCUGAUCGGCGAUUCGGGCUACCCCUUGGAACCCUGGCUGCUUACUCCAUACAGAAACGCAACGGAAAACUCGUCCGAGGCUUUUUAUAAUAAACAGUUUUGCAAAGGAAGGUCUAUAAUUGAGAGAGUGUUUGGUGUUUUAAAAGGCAGAUUUCGGUGCCUGUUAGCAGCCAGAGAGUUGCAUUACUCACCAGAAAGAGUGGUUCAAAUAAUGAACGUUUGCUGUGCCCUGCACAAUAUUUGUACUAAUUUUAAUGUACAACUACCAACACACGAAAUUGCUGAGACAGAAAGUCUAAAUGAAAUUGAUAUGUCUCUUAAUAGCAAUACGAACAACGGUGGCCAAACAACUAUUGCUAAGGAAAUAAGGAAUAAUAUUAGAAACAAUUUGAUUUCAAGAACAUAA